AUGACGGAUUAUCAGGACCUUCUGCAAACCAUCAAGAGUUUGCAGCACUCCAGACUGAGCUACAUAGAGCUUCUUCAAGAGGAGGUGAAGAGAAACCAAGAUAGACCUAAUGAGAAAAUCAAAUCUGACGAGGACAGUGACGACUCCUCUAGACCUGCCACCUCGGCCCAUCACAUCCGAGCACAGAACGAACAGUUCACAGCGCCCUACUCCAUCCCACAAACCCUCACAGUGUCUCCGAGUCUGGGUGGGCAACCGCUGUCACCAGAGCUGGCGGUGAAAUGCAUCACAGAUGCCAGUGUUUCUCUUUCUGUUCUCUCGCAGGGAGGAGCCUGUGCUAUUCAGAUGGUGGUUCAGGCUUAUAUUAUUAAAUAUUUGCUCUUCAACCAGCCAAUAAACUCAGAGUGCAAAAUGCAAAGUCUGAUGACGGUAGGGGAGAAGGAGCAGAGGAAGGCGCUGGCAGCCGCUCUAACUGACAUCUUGUGGACAGCUGGUGAGGAGCAGACAGCCACCGUCUGCUUGGUCAUGUCAGAGCGCUGUUUCACUCCUCACAUGGACUACAAACUGGACAACUUCACAGAGAGGUUGCAGCUUUUCACCUUUAAAAAUAAAGAUGAUGUUAAAUCAUUUAUAUGUGAGCACAUCCAAUGUUUUAAGGAUGAAGGAAGCCAUGGGACCAUACUUUUUCUAUAUAGCCUUAUCUUCUCCAGGACUAUUGAAAGGAUGCGGGCAGACUUCGACUGCACCACCACUCAUCUUUUGCAUGUGAGCUUGGGGAACUUUGUUUGUCGUCAGGCUUUAUUAAACCUGUUGUUGACGGGCCGUGCGACCCCUCAUGUAUUCAACGGUACGUCCCCGAACGAUGAUCAAGACGAAGCACUCGCCCAGCCUCUCCACGGGGUCCUGACUCGCAGUCAUGUCGGAUAUCUGCUCUGGAACAGAGAACAAGUCCACCAUGCACAGCUCCCUCUGGUGGGCAGUAUGCUGAAAACCCCCAAGCUACCUAUCUGGGUGUGCAAUAUCAAUGGUACCUACAGUGUUUUGUUCAGCCCAAACCGUUUGCUGCUCUCUGACUGGAAGAUGGAGCAUCUUUUCCACCUUUACUUCUACAAUGGCCAACCAACUCAGCUCAGCACAACAAUGCUCACCAUAGAUACACACUCCCAUCACUGGCAGGCUGAAAAUAAUGAUAUUCAAGGAGACCCAGAAAAAAAGUUUCCAUCUGUAGAGAUGACCAUUAGGACCAAGUGGGAGGGUUCUGGUAUAGACUGGAAUGGGACAGUGCCUUUUUUCUGAAGAGGUUUAUAGCAGGUCUCCUGAUGUGUAGCAUACCU